AUGACCGUGCACGAACUGACGGCCGCUUCAGCGGCCGGCACCAUGCCCAUGCACCAUCUCGGCAGAUCCCGAUUCAUGAUCACGGACAUAUUGUCCGACAACGGGCGCAACAACGGCGGCGGUUCGCCCGUGUCGCCCGCCUCGUCCACGGACGGGCCUCGUGAUCUGUCUCUGCACGGCCGCGCGUCCUCCGGCAGCAACGGCGGAGGCGGUGGCCAGGGAGCGGGGCCCGCCGGCGUUGGCGGAGGGCCGGCCGACUCGGACCUGAGCGACGACCACGAGAGCGGCACUGAUAGCGGACUGCCAGGCGACAACUCGUCCGUUUGCUCGAACGGUCAUAGAGACGAUGACGGACGGAAUUCCGGUUCAAAUCUCAGCAAGAAACAGAGAAAAGCGAGGACGGCGUUCACGGACCACCAGUUGCAGACGCUCGAAAAGAGUUUUGAGAGACAAAAGUACCUGAGCGUUCAGGACCGCAUGGAAUUGGCGGCCAAGCUCAACCUGUCCGACACUCAAGUCAAGACUUGGUAUCAGAAUAGAAGGACCAAAUGGAAACGUCAGACGGCAGUGGGCCUGGAACUGUUGGCCGAGGCAGGCAACUACGCGGCGUUUCAGCGGCUGUACGGCGGACCGCCAUACGGAUGCUGGCCUUACCCGGCCGGUGCUGCGGGGGGCGCGGGUGGCGUCUCCGGCGGGGGCGGCGUUUCGGGCGCAGGCGGCGCACCGUCCGCCGCCGACCUGUACUACCGGCAGGCGGCUGUGGCCGCGGCUGCAGUGUCCACGCUCCAGAAGCCACUGGCCUACAGGCUGUAUCCCGGCAUGGCAGGCGGCCCUGGAGCCGCGGGCUCCGGCGCCGGCGCGUCCGGCCACCAUCACCAUCACCACCAAAUACCGCCACCGCCCGUGCCGCUCGCCCAUCCGAUGUACUACGGCGGCGUCCACCAUCCGGCCACCAUGCAGCCGAUGCUGGGCCGCAGCCCGACACCCGAACCACCCGGCCGGUCGUCCCGAGGCUCGCCAAGGUCGACGGUGGACAGCCGACCCGGUUCGGUGGACGUCGAAGACGACGGGUCCGACUCGCCCAACGUGGACGUUUAA